ACAUCAAAUGCCAUUCCAACUGUCAGAUCCGAACCUUAAACUUCAAAUCACUAGUAAAUAUGGAACUCGAGGCCAAAUUGGACCAAGAUUAUCUCUUCUAUUGUGGCUUCACUAGCACAUUUUUCAGUAGGAUCAAGGACGAGGAGGUCAAGAUAAGAUGUCAGCAAUGGCUACGAAAGUUGUUGGGAGAAAAAUGCGUUGGCAUCGACAGCAAAAGAUGCAGGAACAUAUACCUAACACAACUACUGGUUUGUAUGCAGAAUAAUGUGUUGGAAGGACCCUUCAAAAUGGCACCUGGUGAAAUUGACAUCUCUGAUGCUUUUGAUGUCUUCGAGCCUAUAUCGGAAAGCUGCAAGGAACCAGAUUGGCUUAUGGAAAAAGAUGACAUACCUCAAAGCGACGGUAGAAACCAGAAAGAAGGCAGAACUUACAUAGCCACAAGAGUAUUGCCAGGAGGUGUUGGAGCUUUCGCUUACGUGGCCAUUUCCAUGGGUGAUGAAGAACCUAAAUGGAUUGGUGGUGGAGAGGGACUCUUGGAGAGGAAACUUUCAGAGAAAUUCAGGGAGUACGUACCUCCAGUGUACGAGAUGGAAAAGAUCCUGGCAAGAAGGAAGGACCCCAAGGAGAGGGAGAAGGUACUUACCUUCUACGACGUCCUGAUGCAGAACAUUGCUGAUGAACUUGACGGGGUCAUCGAAGAACAGCAGAACGACACGGUCAACGGUCUAUUGGAGCAGCUGGUCGAGGAUCUCAAGAACAAGGAACAGUACCAAGAGUUCGAGGAUAUGAACGAGAAGCAACGAAGGAAGACCUUGUUGUCGAUGUUGCACAACAACGUACAAACCAGAAGAUUCAAGAUAUCUAAACGUGAGGAAAUCCUAGACGAGAUCGAGCAGAAGCUGAUGCCGGAGUCCUUCUUCGACGACUCAGCACUACCCGAAGACAAAUACGAGCUGCCCGCUGUCAUGUGGGAACAGGCCAUCAACAAAUAUCCGUCCAAGGCAAACAUUGCCAAGCUGAAGGCGCAUUAUCCGAUGUUCUUGGUGGAGAAGUUCGUGGAACUCCUGGCCAAGCUGAAGGAGGAGAUAGCCAUGCAGAUGCACAGACGCCACGAGAAUAUGCUCACCCAGAUGAAGAAGGAGCUGCGCAUGGAAGGAGAGAGGGGACAGAAGAAGAUGGCGUCGGCCAGAAAGUCCAGCGACAUCGCAUGGAACAUUCUGAUCGCUGUCAGGGAGGCGUAUCAGAAGAAGGCAGACGUGGACAAGAAGAACCUGGAGGCCAAGUCGAUGAAGCUUUCCGAACACUCCAAGCUCUACGACAGGAUGAGGGAGGUGGUUCUGGAGAAACAGAAAGAGGUCGAGGAGGAAGCUGCGCAUGGUCAAGAACUGGCUGCGGAGAUCAACGCUGUGGCCAAUCAGACCGACCUGUAUAUGCACAUAAACGACGAGACCAUCCGAAAAACAGAGGAGACCAAUAUAGCGAUCAUGAAAAACUUGAAGAGACUACGAGCUGCCGUUCAACAGUACGAAAACAGGAUAGCGACACUGAAAAACAUGGGAAAAACGUCUAUACAAACAGCAAGUCAAUCUGCUUCGUUCGUGGUUUGAGCUCGAUCAGAAACCAAGAAGAAGAUGAUCUUUAUAAUGUGAUUAAAAUUAUCAAGCGUC